CAGAAGUCCACGUGAUAAUCCUCGUCCUUGAGGGAGUAGCUAUUGGACUGAGGGUCAAAUUCAAUUAUGUCCGAAACAUAAGAUAACCAAAUCUAUGGCUGAGAACAACAAAACAUAUUAUCUUCACAAUGAUUGUGUUUCUGAAAUCAAGAAAAUAUUUUCAGAUGUCCCCUUGUCAGAGUUGGAUGACGAUGCACUAGUCAAUAAUUUGUUGGAACGAUCUGUUUCCGUCUUACAAGUGAUCGACCAUGCCAUGUUCCAUUUUGUUGCUGUAAAUUUUAUCGGCGGAUCGGUUGACGAGUCUUAUGAGCUUGAUGGAUGUUGCCAGUUGGCAUUGGAAGAUCUGUGCUGUGAAGGCGAAUAUCCUUUCAAACUUACUAAGUCACUUACUUUGCUUUGGUUGUGUAAGCGGUUGUGUAGGACAAUGUGCACGGUUUCUCAAACUCUUUCAUUCCUGUAUCAUUUGAAUUAUUUAAAAUGCAUUUAUUUACAUCAAUACCUGAUUGGUGAUGAAAGGUCACCCAAACUAAAAAGUGAAUUCCAAGAUAUUAUCGACGUGUGUGAGGAAUGUCUUGAUUCAACCCACACUACUGAGGACGUAAUUCAAUACUUGAUGUUAUCAUCAUAUCUGAGUGCUUUUUAUUAUGAAUAUGAGGCUUCGAAAACAUUCGCUUCAAGAUGUGCUCAGUAUUUAAAUAUUGACGUAAAAUUUUGUGGUGUCCUUGGUAAAUGUACCAGAUUCCAGGAAAAGGAGGUAGCAAAUCUCACAGUUAAAGUUAACAGAGUAGUUGAAAGUAAAGACAACAAAACUUCAGGUAACUCCCCAUUACCGCAGAUAAUUCCUCUUAGUGACGAUGUACUUCUCAACAGUGUGGUAUUUAGUACAAUGGAGGAACAAAGUAUUCUCUCUAAUACUGAGCAGUCUUUCAUUUUAUUAUUAUGUGAACUUCAUCGUCGUCAUUAUCCACGAGAUGAUUUAACAGAACAGCAGUGUUUAGCUUACAUCAAUACAGUUAUCCGGGCUGUUUACCCGGAUUCUGAAAAUGAAAUCAAAAGUAGUUCUUCUUGGCCUAUUGCGACAGAAACGUUGUUUAGAAGAAGUUUACUGGAACAUAAUUCUGUUAGAAAAACUGAGCGUGCAUUAUCUCAGUUAGAGGAGUUAAGCUGUCAGUUUAAAAGAACUAGCCCAUCGUUUUCUGAGAGAUCUCCCAGUAGCUUCUUUCUUUCCAGAAUGCCGUCUAUUUGGACUCUCCAAGUUGAGCAAGGUCGACUACUUAUGAAAAUAGGAUGUUACAAAAGUGCUCUGGACAUUUUUCUGUUAUGGGACAAGUGGUCUGAAAUAAUCGAAUGCUAUAUCCACCUAAAUAAGAGAGAAAAAGCAGAAGAAGUGAUUCGUUCUCGUCUAAAUUCUGGAGAUGAAUCUGCUGAAUUAUAUUGUUCUCUUGGCGAUGUGACAAAUGAUCGACAACAUUAUUUAAAGGCUUGGGAAGUAUCCGGUUGUAAGUCGGCUCGAGCAAUGCGCAGCCUAGCUGUUACAUAUAUGUACACAGAUAAAGCCUAUCAAAAGGCAAUUGAAUGUUUUCAAAAAUCACUAGAAAUUAACACUAUGCAAGUUAAUGUAUGGUUUACGUUUGGAUGUUGUUGUCUUCAAGCCAAGGAUUUUGUAAAAGCUGAAAAUGCUUUUCGUUCAUGUGUUCGUUUAGAUCCAGAUAAUUUUGAAGCCUGGAAUAAUUGUGCGACUGCUGUCCUGAUUCAAGGAAAAAAGAAUAUAGCAUUAAAACUAAUGAAAGAAGCUUGUAAAUAUAGUUACGAAAACUGGCGCAUUUGGGAAAAUAUUCUGUUGAUUAGUGCUGAUGUAAAAGCAUUUCAUGAAACUAUGCAUGCCUAUCAUCGCCUAUUAGAUUUACAAGGAAAGUAUGCGAAUCCACAAGUUCUUAGUGUUAUGGUUAAAGGUGUUGUUUUAAAUGAAAUGGAUUCUACAGGAAACCCUGUAAGUAAUUUACGUACCAGGCUGCUUGAAUUGUUUGGUCGAGUUACAGCAUCUACUCCUAACGAUGCUGUUAUAUGGAAUGAAUAUGCACAUCUUCUGGUUGAUGAACUUCCUCAAAUGACUUAUACUACAUAUCAACGUGUAAGUUAGAUUGAUUUUCUAGAACAUUUACCCUUGUUUAAUAUGAUAUACAUUUUUUAGGCUGACUAUCGAAAUUUGAAUUUCCACCCAAAUUGUACAAACUGUCACUCGUUUGGUAAUAAUGCUGUCCACUGUCUUCAAGCAGCUCAUCGUUGUCGCAUACAAUCGAGUGAAGGACCAUGGGAACAAUCAACAAAGAAAUGUGAAGCUAUUAUUGAUGGUUUAAAAGCUUUACUUGAUUUAUUAAAUAAUCCUCCGAAAUCGAAAAAUGAUAAUGAAUCUAACGAAGAAGAUCAACUUAAUACCUUCAUUCAAUCAACCUUGGCCACUCUUCGAAUAAGCCUAAAAUCUGUAAUUUCUAAAUUGAAGAUUGCUGAAGAAUCUAUUCUUUCCACCGAUGUUCAAGAUAUGAUUCGUUCCUCACUUAAAGAUUUAAAUGAAUUAUUAAUUGAUGUUGAAAAAAAAUUAAACUAAACUCUUACAUUGUAUAUGCUUUUUUAUCGACUAUCGUAAUAUGAAUAAAAGUUUGAAUUC